AUGAAGAAAAAAUAUGAAAUAAUAAGAUUAAUUAAUAAUAAAACCAAACAUUAAAAAUAAAAAAAUGAGUUAAAUUUACAAAGAAAGAAGAAACAGUAAGCAAAGCUCAAUAAAAAGAAAAAAAUAAAUUAAAUGAUCUUUAUUGUUUUAAAUUAGUUUUUUUAAUUAUAAUUAUCACAAUCCAAAAAAAAUAGACUCUUUUUAUCAAAUAUAAGGGUUUAUAACAAAAAACCAAGAAAAAAUAUCAAAUAAUAAAAUAUCAAUAAGAAAUAAUUAAAAAUUGAAAUGAAAAUUAAGUUAAAAUCGCUAAAAAAAUAUUUGUAUUAAUAAAAAUAUAUAAAUAUUGAUGAGUUUGUUUUUAUAUAAGAAAAUAAUUUUAUAAAUAAAUUAAAAAUUAAAUACAUAUUAAAAAAUAUUUUAAAUAAACUGAAAGUUAAAUAUAAAUAAAAUAAGAAUAAUAUUAAUAUUUAUAAAUUAAAUUUACUUCAUUUCAAAGUGGAGAACCUAAUGAGAUUAAAAUGA